UUAGGAAACGGUACAACGAACGCAGAACAGAAAGAUUUGUACUUCUCCAUUGUUUGCAGCGCGCAACCCAUCUUUGUAAAAUAUAAGCUGGUCUUCUGGUACCGGCACGAAAUCUCGGAAAAGAUCUUCGUCAAGCGUUACCGAAAAUUCCUCAUAAGCCGACAUAAAGGAAUCGUCUGAUAGAACUGACAAGGUUCCGGCACGCGGAGAACUGUAAACUGUUGCCCAACCAGCUGACUGAGGAAUGACAUUGCCAAAGUCGUCCUUGAAUUCUUCCAAAACCCCAUCAGCAAGCAGUCGUGCGACGUCGCUUCCAAGUAACCGUAAACGAUCAGCUAUCGAACUAAGUUCUUCAAAUCUAUCAGAAUGUUUCUCGCUUUUGGUGCGGUACGCCUCGAUAAUGGCAAACGCUCGCUCUAUUGAACGUAGCACAUCUUGGCCAGAGUCGACAGCUGAGACAGGAAAGGCGUCCAUACUAGCACUAAAAUGAUUUCGUUGCCGGCAACCCUCUGGUCGUCCAUUUGCGCGUUCGCUUAGUGAAGGAGUACAAUAUAAGCGAGAAGAUGUACGAGCUUCAAGUUUUUCAUGACGAUGAAUGGUGUCAUAAGGUAUUUCCUGGAGACCCGCGUCACUCAGUCCCUUUGCGAUUUUGGCAUUUGAAUGCCUUUCACGGAGAAACCACCUACGUAUCAUAACUGCGAAAAGAACCACGCCAACACCUAUACCGGCAACAACAACAGUCUUUGCUUGGCCUGCAAGUCUUACACCUGCUGA